GAUGACGAGGGCUCGACACAUUUUGCACGUUUUGUUGUUAGGACUUACGAUAGUUGGAGUGGCGACCGGAGAGCCACUUUUUACGGCCAUGUAUGUAUUCGGGGAUUCGGCAAGUGAUCCAGGAAAUAAUAAUGACUUUGUAGAUACUACGGCGAAAGCCAAUUUCCCGCCCUACGGCAUUGAUUUUGAAAACGGGUCUACGGGAAGAUUUUGCAACGGAAAAAUCUUAGUAGACUUUCUUGCUCAAACAUUGGGACUUUCUAUACUUCCUUCCUACAAGGAUACAAUCGAUGCGACCGACGACAAUUUUCUAUCGGGAGUAAAUUAUGCUUCGGCCGGGGCAGGAAUUCUACCGGAGUCGGGACGAGCUUUGGGUCGGGUGACACCUUUUUCACAACAAAUCAACAACUUUGGGAACACGGUGGAUCAAUUGAGUAACCGAAUGCAAGACAACGAGCUGAGCGAGUACUUGGCGAAGGCCGUGGCAUUUGUCGAAAUCGGGACCAACGAUUACCUCAACAACUAUAUUCAACCUAUGUUUUACGCAAGUAGCCGUGUUUAUAGUCCUCAGCAGUUCGCGGAUCUUCUCAUGCAGCGCUACGCCGGGAAUAUAUUGAAUCUUCGUAGUUUAGGGCUAAGGAAGUUCUUCUUGACGAAUAUUCCACCGGUCGGUUGCUCCCCUAUUGUACGAACAAUCAUUGGUGGCGCUCCCGGCCAAUGCCAAUCGACCUCGAAUAACUUGGUGCAAACUUUCAACAAAGAACUAAAAUCUCUUGUCGAUCAACUUAACUCGGACUACCCCGACUCCACAUUCUCCUACGGCGAUUCUUAUCAAUUGUUCUCCAACCUACGCGAAAAUGCUAACGCUUUAGGAUUUUUGGUGAAGGAUGAGAGUUGUUGCAAGACGGGAAGCCUUCGAGGCGGCAAAGUUUUGUGUUCUCCGGAGUCGAAGCCGUGCGAAAAUCGCGGCGAAUAUUUGUUUUGGGAUGAAGCUCAUGUCACAGAAGCUGCUAAUGGAGUUCUUGUUGCUGAAAUUUACAACAACUCUGCCUAUAGCUUCCCUCUCACAAUACAACAAAUGGCAAAUAUAUGAGAUUUGAUUGAUAGAAUACCUAAGUUAUUAUAAUUUCAUCCAUCAUUUUCAUGCUUAGCUUUCUCUUUAAUUAAAUUCAUGAAGCUGUUUUGUGUUAUCCAUUUCUAAUGUUGUAAUAAUAAUAUAUAGAUCGAGUUGAGUGA